GUGCUACUCUGGAAGUGAAAAUUAUUCUUUAUAGCUCUAGUAAGGGCUUGAGUUGUGGCGUUAGCCUUGACAUUUGCGAGAUGGUUUCUAUUCCGGACGACCAGGAGAGCCUGUGCGCAACGUUAUCACCAGAUAAAGGUAUUAGCGCCGAGCCCGCUUCUCCGACGUCUAGGCCCUCUUACACGUCUCGACCAUGGAUUCUCGUCAGCACCGCGCUACACUCGUUCCUGCUGACGUCAGUCGUCGGUUUCAUCCUCCUCCUCGUCUACCACACGUGCCGGCAGGACUUCGACUUCGACUACCUCCCGCUCGUCCUACCAGACCACACGAUCGUCUUAGGCUCUACCACGCACGCCGCAAAGGCGACGAGUCUGGAGAUUAGUAAUCGCGGCGCGAGGCGACAACAUCCUAGUUUCGACGAGCCUUCGCGCGAUCUGCAAAACGCGGCCGUGAAAGUAGCGAUCCAACGGCAGCAGGAACCGCGUCAGGAAGGGAGGUCGCGCAAACCCGCGUUCGACAAGGGAAUCGCGGGACAGCGUCAGGGUGACGAGCCAUGGGGUCGAGCGGUCGCCAGAGCGACAAUCCCAGAUUCCUCGCCGUCGACGCGACAAGCCGAGUCCACCCCUGACGCCGAGCCCACCCCUGACGCCGAGCCCACCCCUGACGCCGAGCCCACCUCUGACGCCGAGUCGACUCCGGAACCAGCCGAAGACGAUCGUGAAGAGAUGACCUUCUCGGGAGGGAUACCGGGCUCCACGCUUUUGAAGAGAGACGCCGUUAGAGCCUUCCGCUCGCGGCUCCGCUGUAUGACGGCGCGAGGCCGCUGGACGUACGACGCGACGCCACGUGUCCUGCCGUGGGCGCUGCCGAGCCGGUGGGACGGCGGGAGGCAGUGCGACGAGGGGCACGUGGCGCAGGGCGGGGGGCGGUGGCGUUCGGCGAGGCGGAUAGAAUAGCGGAAGCGGAAGGAAUGGCGCAGGCGGACGGAACAGCGGGGACUGAGAGCGUGGCGCGCGGGGGAAUCGGGACCGGGCGGACUGGGGCCGCAAGAUGGGCAGAGGCGGGCGGAAAGAGGGAGCGGGAUGAGUGGAGAGUGCGGCAGAGUCUCAAGUACCGAUGGCGCGUGAGCGGCAGGUGCGGGCCAUGGCGGGAGUUCGACGGUAGUGAGCUCGUGAGGAAGCUGGCGGGGCGGCGGCUGCUGAUCGUGGGCGACUCGCUCAACGCCAUGCUCUUCGCCGCGCUGCGCAACGCACUGUUCAUGGGGCGCAACAGCACGUUCGUGCAGAAACGACGAGCCCUGCCGCCCGAUUGCGUUCCGUCAGACAGCCUGCCAGGGUUCUGCGAGCGGUGGGGGAGGGAGAUAGCGAUGCGCGCGCAGCACGCGUUGUGCGCGGAGGAGAGAUGCGCGGAUGCGAGUGUGGCUUUCGUGAGGAGCGACGCCCUUGACCCCUCCCCCAAGCUCACCUUGGCUUGGCCGAAGCUCGUCAGCUUUCCAUGGCUGCACGUGCUCAACGGGAGCAGUGGUGCUGCUGGGGGGACAGGGGGUGGGGAUGCUGCUGCUGGUAAUGCUGGUGCGGCUGACAGUGGUGCUGCCACCAACGGGAAUGUUUCGAAUAGGAGCGGCGAUCAAACAAUCCCUCUGGGCGAAUCGGAACCUAAGCCAGCAACUACGGAGAAGCCCAUUGCUGCGAUAAUACUGAACCGUGGAGCACACUAUACAGAGGACGAGCAGUUUGUAUCACAGCUGAACGUCACCCUGGCUGCCAUCCGCGCUGCUGCCCCCCACACCCUCAUUGUCUACCGCAACACGCCCCCUGGCCACGCCCACUGCAAGCGCCACUCCAAGCCCUUCAGAUACAGACAAGAGGCCGCCCAGCUGCCAUACCACUGGGGGGAUUUUGGGCGGCAGAACGAGCUGGCGCGGGGGCUGGUGGAGCGGCAUGGGGGCGUGUACUGGGACGUGGAUACGGCCACGGGGCUGAGGCCGGACGGGCAUGUGCGGCUGGCGGAUGGGCGCGCGGACUGCCUGCACUACUGCCUGCCGGGGCCCGCUGACACGUGGGUGCAGAUGCUGUUCAAUAUAUUGCUGGACCUGCUGUGAUGCAGGCGUAUGGGGGGUGCAAUAGGACAUGCCUGCACAACUGCCUGCUGGGGCCCGCUGACACGUGGGUGCACGCAGAUGCUGUUCAACAUUCUGCUGGACCUGCCCUGACAGAGGCGUGUGGGGGGGUUUACUGAGACGUGGAUACCGCGUCCAUUGAUCACUGCCUGCUGGGACCCGCUGACACGUGGGUGCCAGGCAGAUGCUGUUCAAUAUUCUGCUGGACCUGCUGUGAUGGAGUGCUGUGAUGGAGUGCUGUGAUCCUAAAGCUUAGGAUGAGCAAAUACCAUACGUGCUUACUAUUCUGUAUAAGCACCAGAUUGUCAAAGCAAAUAUGUGUACUCAUUGGACCCAUACA